AUGAAAACCACAUUGUUUCUCCUGUUCAUUUUGCUCUCUCAUGCUGCAUCGGAAAGAUGCAACCCAGAAGACAAAAAUGUCCUUCUCCAAAUAAAGAAAGAACUCAACAACCCAACCAUUCUCUCCUCAUGGAAACCAAACACUGAUUGCUGUCACCAAAGUUGGUACGGUGUCAAAUGCUAUAAUAAACGUAUUGGCUCUCUAACUAUCACAGACAAUAACGACCUUAACUCUCAAAUUCCACCCUCCAUUAGUAAUCUACCUUUCUUGCAUGAUCUUAAUUUCAUCAACUUACCAAACCUCACUGGCCCAAUCCCUGAGUCCAUAUCCAAACUCACAAAUCUUAAAUUACUCACAAUCAGUUUAACAAGCAUAUCAGGUCCAAUACCCAACUUCGUGGCUAAACUGAAAAACCUCAUUAACUUGGAUCUCUCAUUCAACAACCUCUCUGGGGCACUCCCUCCCUCUCUUUACAAGUUACCUAAUCUCUCAGGAAUCUUCUUUAACAACAACAAGCUCACGGGUUCAAUCCCUCCUUCAUAUGGGUCCUUCAAUACCAACAAUUUAAAAGUUUUACUUCUCUCUAAUAACCAGCUCUCGGGGACACUCCCAGUGUCCUUGGCAAAGUUCAACUCCUCGGUUAGAUACCUUAUCGACUUGUCUCAUAACAGGUUUGAAGGUGAUGCCUCAAUGCUUUUUGGUUCCACCAAAAUGGCAGAAUAUAUAGACCUUUCUUGGAACAAGUUUGAUUUUGAUAUAGGAAAAGUGGAGUUGUCUAAGACACUCACAACGUUGGAUAUAAGUCACAAUCAGAUCUAUGGGAACCUGCCAAUGGGAAUGGAAAAUUUAGUGGGUUUGAAUGUGAGCUACAAUAGGCUUUGUGGUGAGAUUCCAAAGGGUGGCAAUCUUCAGAGCUUUGAUGUGUAUACAUAUUUUCAUAACAAGUGCUUGUGUGGGUCCCCACUUCCAAGCUGCAAGUGA